AUGAGGAUUUUAGCAAUUUCGUUGUUCCUAGCAGUGCUGUGCACAUCAUCAGCCGAACUACCAACACAUUACGCGGCAAAAAAGAGCUUUCACACGGCAUUGCAACAAUGUGCCGAAUAUUUACUGAUCCCCGAAAAUAAUCUCCAGCAUUACAUCAACAGUUCGUUCCCUAAUGACCCAUCAGUACAGAGACUGAUUCGUUGUUCGUUGAUGUUACUUGGCUGCUGGGAUGAUUCCACCGGUGUUCGAGUGCAUGUGAUCGAAAACUUCUUCCAACCUGAUCCAAAGGAUUGCAACCACAUUAGGAGAGCCCGGGAAUGUGUUCGGAAAAAUACCACCGAUUCCGUGUUUAGUCCAGCAUAUGUGACAUUUCAGUGCUAUUACCAGCAGUUUGGCCACUUGAAACUUUACAAUGAACAGUUUAUUCCGUUGAGAAGCUACGAAUUGAUGCAACUGGUGGAGACUGCUCUCGAAAUUUCCAACUUGCCAUGGUUCGUUCCGACUCAGUAUGUCGCGGGCGAUAUUCUCUACGAGCCGCAUUUUCCGCCAGUUUUGCUUUUCAUAUUCCUGCAAGGAGGCUUUUACGGCACUGAAACCGGAUUCGAUCUGCAAAGAUUGUACACUCAAUUUGGAGCAGAGCCAUUACUGACUGUGGGUGUGAGGCAGUGUCUUGCGGAAAUAGUGAAAGUGGAAAAAGCUCGUGAUCAUGAAGCAAUUGUUAUCAAAGCAAUGCAAAGAUGUUUGCAGGAUGUUAUCCCACUGUUGCCGGUGGUGGCAGAAGUGGCUGGGAGAUGGAAUGACGGAAAGAAUAAAGCAGCUAAAACAUGCGCCAGAAUGAGCGGCAGUACCGUUCCAACGCUUCCACCGUUCUACAAUCGAGUAUGUGAAGACUAA